ACCUACUUGUAUGUAGUAUCUAAUAUUUUCAACGGAUCACGCUGCCCUCAUCAUACUACGCUUGCCGAAGUACUGCAUACUCUUGGCAUAAUAGUCCCAACUUGGUCCCAUCAUACUCCAGCCGGCCUUUAGGCUUUUCUUCGAGCCACUUGUAGUUGGCGCGGACAAUGAGCUCGGAGGGCAUCCAAAUAACCAUCCCCGACCUCGACGAGGAGGACUUGUCGUCAACACCAAUUCCGUUUGGACGAGCCGGGGCGUUUGGUUUCGGCGGCUCAUCUAACUCUGGUCCAGAGCUCGCCCACAGUUUCUUUGGCACGCACAAUCGUGGUGACUCUCUCGCCUCCAACGACUCAUUUCUUGAUCACAUACCGCGUAAGCCUUUUGCUCAUGUACCACAACCGUCUAUUGCAGCGUCCACCAUUUCUGGAACUACCACUAUAAGUUCGACGACUGGUGCCGCUGCAAGCACCUCCGCGUCUCCGUUCAGCAAAAAGCCGUCCUUUGCAUCAAUCCGAAAUGCAUUCAAGUCCAGUUCGAAAAACAAUGCUGACGUGCCUCCUUUGCCGAGCAUCGACGGCCAGGUUUACCCAAUUCUGAAGAAUCCUUUCAACAGGUCAACGUCAUCGCUGGCCCAUUCAAUUACUUCCACUUCGAAGCAUAACACGACGAGCCCUCCACACGUGCAUCCUCGACCGCCAACGCCUGCGGGCGAGUCUCGGUAUCCCCGAUCGCUGUCCCGCGCCCGUGGACACUCGAAAGCGCGUUCGCAUCACUCUCAAUCAGGUUCUAUAUUUCAUAACUCAGACAAUGGUAGUGACCAUGGCCAUUCAUCCGGUCAUCAUCCACCUAAUCACGCCUUUACUUUUGGCCAUCCACCUGCAUCACCACCACCAGUUCCUCGUGUCCCUGAUGGACUCCUAGCUACUCGUGGCGAUAGUCCAGCAAUGUCGGAUGAUGAUUUCUCUGUGGGUAUCAGCGGAGGGAAAAGUCCAUCGGAUUAUGCGCUUCAUGCUGUGUUCAUACGCUUUGCAACACUUGCAGAGGCAAAAAUUGAUGCUUUUCUACAUGAAAGUCUGAAUACCGAUCCUGCUCUCACUGAUUACUUUGCACCGUCCCUCGACCCUCAGUUUGACGAUUUAUUGCGGUCGUUGGCUAAAAUCGCACAACGGCAUGCCAAAAAUGUAGUGGAGGCUAUUACGCGAUGGCGUCGUGGAAUUGGUGACUUGUCAGGUGCUAGCGGUGCAAGUUCUACGCGGUCGCGAACGGCGGAGCACCGAUCCCUUGCUGUUAUCUACAUUAUGUGCAGAGCACUGAUCUCGGUCCUUUCUUCCUUGCCUCCUCAAGCUCUGGGCGAUACGCUUGGUUACUCCCUAGAAGAGACUAUUUUCGACCAGUUCAAGAGUCCUGCAGCAACUUCAAAUACCAACUACCGAUCAUGUACUGAACUUUAUGCUGUCGUCUUGGGGUGUCUUGCUAGGAUCAGAUUUGUGAGUGUGACUGAUCGUUUCCUUAAUGAACUCGCGCCAGUCGCCGGUGGUCAGGUCGCGAAAGACUCGGAUACCAAGUUUGAGAAUUUGGUUAAAGGCUUACGCCACGUGCAGCUCAAGGUUUGGCCACCUGAAGCUUUCGAAGAAGGCGCAGAAUUCAUGGAGUCGCUGGCGAAGUCAUUCGAAAAUGCACAUGGACUCCGUUUUAAAAUCGCUUUCGCAGAAACGAUCGUACGGUUACUCCAUCCCAUUGGCAAGACUGCACAAGCGGAAGUCAAUCAUCCGCUAUGGGGAAAAGCCAUCGAAAGGAUCUAUCCUCGUGCUCGAGAAAUGAUGGGAAAGCCGCGGUAUUGGCAAGCGGCGUACCCGCUCGCGGUGACAACCCUAUGUGUUGCCCCACAUCAAUUCUUUCUCAAAACAUGGACAGCUUGUUUUGAGUAUGGAAUUGGAAAACUCAAGGAUAAACCAAGUCGUAUACCGAUAAUGAAUGGCGUAGUGCGCUUGAUCUGGACUUAUCUCUUUCGAUGUCAAGAGUCCGCCUCGACGAGUACAGCUAAACUCGAUACGCUGCUCAAACAACUAUUCCCUCAAGGACGGGCACUAGUUUAUCCCAAUGAAGAACACCUGGAACCAUUCAUCUGCGUCAUACAUUUUGUACUCUCCAAGUACUUCGACUUUGGUCGUGAUUUCUGCAUGGAUCUUUUGCAGGAAUCCUCCGGCGUUUUGGUCCCUGAGAGAGUUGCGGUUGCGGUGCAAGCGACUUUGCUUACCCUUCACGCCGUGGAGCGCGAAGAUCCGACGCCGACAUGGCCGUCAAGCUCCGAUUUUUCCGCUGUGCCAUCUUGGGAUGAUUAUCCGUCGUCCUCGGACACAUUACCAUCGGCCUUGCUGUCCAAACCUGGCGUUCAGGACUUCUGCGAACGGUUUGGUGCGGCCAUCUCUGCUAUUGCACAGUCUUGCUUCAAGGCUGUUGGCCGCAUGUCCGUCUUUGAUGAGCAGUGGGCUCUUUCCCGUUUAUCUUCAACCGGUGGCGGUACUUCCUUUGAAGAAUCGCAUAACGUAGUCAUACGACGACAUCCAGAGGGAGCAGUUGCAUACCCGAGUCAGCUGGUCUCUCAGAUGAGCAUUCUCCAGUCCUGCUUCCAAUCUUGGCCACGUUGUCUUCAUACGCCGUCGCUUUCCCUUCCAGAUGCUGUUGAUAUGCUGGUACGGGGUGUGAUACACGUAGAGCCUCGGGUUGGUGAGGCGGCUGGUGCUGCCCUGCGACGAUUGAUGAAGGAUGCACGUCACGGUCUUACCGUGUUGAAGUGUUUCACGACCUUAUUGUUUGACCCUAGGAGUCUCGAACGCGAGGUGGCUGGUAUCCGGAUGGUACUCGAGAGCACAAGGUUAUUGAACCUUUGGACAAGCAUAGUCGACAACUGGAUCUCGGGGUUGACUCACGGAAAGAAGCUGGACGCUGUAGGAAACGAUUUACAGACAAUUGCAACGCAAGCACGAGAUAUCGCAGCUGGCGCCCUUUUCCUGCUGUCAUACGAACUAUCAUCUAUUCGGUGUAUUGGUGUUAAGCUAGUGCGGUCGCUGCAGUCCUUGUUCGCUACUCUCGCAUUAUCAGAUCCAAGUCUGGUAUCGACACAGUUUUCAACCCUGUUUCAGCACAACGUCCACAACAAUUUGCAAGGCUUUGAUGAACUUCUGGAUCGCGCUGAAUUCGAUCGUUUGCAGCAGUGGAAGAAGUCAGGCAAACCAGACGUUCUCUUACGCAUCGCGGAUAGCAACAAUGACAAAGACCGCAGAAUCUGGCGACACAUAUAUCCAUCCUUCAUGCAUUCCUCUCAGUCGCUUGCACCUCACCUGGUUUCCGAUUGCAGAGCUAUCGUCGAAGCUGCCGUAUCUCGCUAUCACUCUACUAUGUUACAUCUUGCCGGGAUAUCUGGCUUCAGCAAUCCGUUCACAAUCCUCUCGGGCCUUAUCAAAGAGAACAUGCAGCUGAUCGAUCAGUGGCACGUUUGGAUUAAAAUUCUCUCAUCCACGGUCACAGUAUCUGAGGGUCGCCUUGCCAUGGUGCAUGCAGGCAGGGAACAUUCGCGGGUCCCAUCAGACGUUGGCUUUGAGCGAGAGAGAACAUCCACUUCUCGGAAUCUAUUCAGGCACCUGACUCCGUUCUUGGACUCUGAUUACGCUCCAUUCAGAGACUGCUGCUAUCUUAACUCAUUCGCGCGUCAGUUCUACGACGAGAUCAGGCCGAAAAAUGGCUCAUCAGGUUGGACCGGUCGCUCUCGUCGUCAAUCGAGACUGCACUCUGCGGUUGCGCGUAUCUACUACCUCACCGCACCGCAUUUGCAACACCCAAACUUGACGGCCAAGCAGGACGCGCUCUCCCAUGCUCUGAAAUUCGUCAGAAAUACUCAAGCAUUUCUCGUGGUACCCGAAAAUCGAGAAAACUAUGCCCACCAGCGCUUGCGACGCUAUUUUUGUGGAUUAGUUGAACGCCUCUUUGAUGCUUUGGCAGGUCUGCCGGAUUCAGAUCGUUUCACCCCUCCCAACAUCCACAUCACGCUUUAUCGGCUAGUAGAGGGGUGGUGUCAGUAUGGUCCCCAGAGCGAGUCUGUUAAACAAAGGUUUAUUCUUAUGCAAAGAGCCGCAGUAGCUGCAAACAAUGACCCACAAAUGGAAGUCGCUGAACGGUUCCAGAACGAGACCAAACUCCUGUCCAAUGCAACGAUUGGUGCGCUAGCAGCGCUUUGUCAAAAAGCUUGCCUUCCCCAAGAUGCCAUGGAAUCUACGUCUCCGACUGAGCGACCUCCGCAAGACCUCAGAACUCCCGACCCGGGACAACUAGUCGAACGCCUCCACGCCGUCUUUGAAACUGAUCACAUACAUCUAAGAGCGAGCGCGAGGAAAGCACUGAAGUCUCUACUUACCUUACCGCAGCUAAGCUCGACCUUCUUGAGUGACGUCAUGCGCCGCAGCUUCUGUGAUCCGACCACUUCCUCUUUGACCGCUACUACAUUUUUCGAAGUUGUCGCGGAUGUAGUUUGCGAUACUCCGGACCAUCCCUUCACCUUUCCUCAAAUUGUCACUCUAGGAAUGGCAAACCUCUGCCAUAACGAUAUUUCGAUCAGACGGCGUGCUUUCGAUAUCCUCGUUGCCACUCAUGAACGUGCCUCGGGUGUCAUAGCUAUGGCUGAGUUUGAGACGAUGAUCGUCAAUCCCGCGCCGAGCGUGUACUUGCAGACUCAUCGGCUAAUCGCCGAAUGUAUGGCCGGGGAGCAUCCUGCCCAAGCUCAUGACGUCCUUGCGGAAGUUAGCGCACUCCUUCUGCGGAUACAUCACGGUGGUGGCGGAAGGGUGUCUCAUCUUAUGCUUCAGAGCUUGGAACAUUGGGUACCACAUCUCCACGUGCAGGACCAGGACCCGCACUCUUUACAUCUCACCACUGAUGGGAGCUUCGCGGUUUACCACUUGCUCACUCUCACCAAAAGAUACAGUGACGCGGAACCGGAACAAAUUGGUGCAAUAUGGGCUAGUCUGGUAGAAGUUCCAGACCCCCGUUGUGGACGUGCUGUCGCCUCAUUCCUAGUUAACGAAUCUUCCAAAGUGGCCACGAGAUCCUUUGUGAAAUGUGCAUCCGAGGUGAUAGCAUGUCUUUCGAGGUCGGCCGUUGGUGUCCAGAUAUUCGAAGAGCUGUGCAGUAUCUGCGAGCCCGAGAGAAUGCUGCCCACGCUUGACCACAGGCUUAGACACUUGGCGCCGGCUGAAGUCGAACUGUGGUCGGAUUUAGACGUGUUAUUCGCCGACGACCAGCCGAGAUAUUUCCUAGGAUCUGCCCAGUAUGCAAUGCUGUUCAUUGGUUCGACGGCGCUGGAGCGGCUAUGGACCUAUGGCAAUGAGAUAUCCGCCAUCCUCUUGGCUGUCCUUUCCCAUAUCGACCACCGAGUGCCAAUGCUGCGCGCUGCGGCUCGGCGUAUGCUGUUCCAGCUAACGAGGUCUUGCAUCCCAUGGUACCCGCCUGCCACAGAUAAGGUUGGAGCUCCCAACCGAACAGCACUACUUUCCGUUGUUUCCGCCAUGGAGGGUAGGGGAGACUCCCUAUUCUGGACUGAUGAAGAUCCGAUAGACGUUGUCAACACUCGCAUGGAAUACGUUGUGGACCAGAUACUUUCUGUCAUCGGACUCUUCGUACCAGACUUGGCAUCCCAGCUAGGCAAGGUUGCCAUCGAAUACUUGGACCAUUGUGUAAUCCGCAGCAUUGCCAUGCGGUGCCUUCAGGUCUAUCGGUGUUUGAAGCUCCCUCUUACCCAGGCUGUUCUUGGGCAUAUCCUAGUUCGUUUCACUACCAUGGCCGGAGAUCAAGAUUCGGAACUUCAUCCGGUCAAUGCAGAGAUCAUAACAGCGAUUACCGCUUCGGUUGUUGCGGGAAACUAUGAGCCUGCACUCCUUCCUAAAAUUUUCUGGACCGCUGCAGCAUGCCUCAUGACUGUGGUGGAACGGGAGUUUGUAGAAGCAGUCAAGCUCCUAAUAGCCGUUCUCUCUCGGCUUGACCUGGAAGAUGCAGAUGUCGUUGGGUCGCUCCUGUUCCAGCAACCUGAAUCGUGGAAUGCUUCAAGCGGCCUACAAACCUAUUUGUUGGGUGGCAUGCGCUCGGCAGUGACAAUGCAAGACACAUUUACUGCUUUGCUACAACUAACACGUGUAUCAGACUCGCGACUCGUGGAGCCUUCAGAGCGUCGCUUGUGUGAGCUCUUCACUCUAUCCUUACCCUGGUGCCUGCGAGCCAUGGUGAGCGACAAUCGUGAUGCAGCACUCGACGAGUUCUGCACGUGUAUAGCCAGACUAGCAGAGCAGGAAGGUCGAGACUCCAUCGCUCGUGUAAUGACAUCACUUGUGAAGAAUCGUUUUCGGACCAAGGAUGACUUUCUUCGGCAGUCCGCGGCUACCCUUCGUGAGCACUACGCAGCACAUUGGACUAAUGUCUCAACGCUACUUCUUGGCCUGGUCCUCAACAAAGAGAACUGGGUGCGCGUUCACACCAUGCAGGUGUUGAAGGUGUUCUUCGAACAACGCGAUCUGCGGAACGCGUCACACUGCCUCACUACGGAACACCUGAUGCCGUUGCUUAGACUUGUUGAAGGGGACCUAGCAGCGCAGGCACUGGAUGUCCUUGAAGAACCCAAUAAAGUACAUGGCGGGCCAAAUGCGAGACAGGUCCUACGUAUGAGCAUGCACGGAGCUCUCAAUCACGGGACCGUUGACGAGGGCGAGAUAUUUGGGGUCCCCGAGGAGUCCGGGUGGUCCAUUCCGCAUGUCGACACGAGACGUACCGAAUACCGACACAACCUGUAUGCGGUCGCCCAAACGUGCAUUGGUUCUUGGCGCCCGUCUCUCAUUCGGUUGGAAUCCCGGGGAAAUAUUGUUUCGUUUACGGACGGAUUAGAUGAGGACUUGGGCGUGCUAGUCCAGGAUUUGCACGAUUUGAGCGAGUUCUUCCAGAAUAAUAGAUCUCAGCAACAGGUUCUCCUUCCAAGCCAGCAACUCGAGGAGCGGGUCGCAUCCAUCAUUGCACGUUCCACUGGGGAUUCUGACGAUGCGCCCCACACGCCGUUCGCAGACGCGUUCCAGAUUGGCAAUCUACACUACUUUUCCGACGAUUCUGCCGAUGAUAGUGGGUCUGAGUCAGAAUUGGACGCAUUUGUAUUCGAUUCCCCUGCUUACCAUCGUGAAGGACCAAAUGGUACCCACCUUGGCUAGUCAUACCAUUAGUACCCAUAUGGACCGGCAUUGG